CUCAUCGUAUAUACUUCGAAAAGAAGAAAUAUCCAAACCAACUUCUAUAUAUACAAACAUAACCGGUCGUACUAUUGUUAGACUUUCUUUUGAGAGAGACAACAAAAAAAGAGAGAGAGAAGGGAAUGUCGUCCUCAAGGGAGCUACAAUACUUGGAGUACACUUACAGAAACAACCGUCCCACGACGGGUCUUCUAAACUCCAUCUUCAUGACCACCGUCAAUACCGCCGCUCGUUCUCUCGUUUCUGUCGCCUCCUCCACCACCUCCACUCCGGAGUUGGCUUCUAGGCGGUGGUCCGCUUCGGACCAACUCAGUUUCGCGUCGGGUCUUCUCACCGCGGUGGCGGAGAACGCGUUGGUACCGGUUUCGGCUCCCUCCUCCUCGUCGACGUCAUCAACGGCGUUGGUGAAGUAUUCAGGGUCGGCGGAUUUAAGCAUGAUGAUGAGGGGUGACGGCGUUGAUGUACCUACAGUCAGCUCUCUCGGUAGAGCACUUUGUCACGUAUUAGCGUUGAUGAACGAGAUUCCAGUAACCUCAAGAAAAUACCAUUUUACCAUGGGAAUGGCUGAGAAGAUCAUGGAAGACAACGCACAAAGCUGCAGCGCGGAGCUACUAGACGUCAAUAGAAUGGCCCUCGCGUCCUCUUUCGCGCGGACCACUGCGCGUUUACAGGACUCCUUGAAACGCUCUCGAACCGCAGACGAGCCCUUCGGUGGUCUGCCUCUGCGCCUCGUUAGUGCCCUGCCGUUAGGAAGCUAUGUUGCCUCCUCUGUGAGAGGGCUGACGACAGCAAUCAACACGGCCAGGUCCUUGGCGGAUAUGGCCGGUAACUUGUUAUCACAGAGUAAGAGGAGAGAGUCUGCAUUGGUGAGAGCAGGUGGUUCUCAGGAGAAUGAGGUUGAGUUGGCUGUUGAGAAGCUGGCGGAGGAGCUGUUGUGGAUGACGGAGAAGCUUAGGCGUUAUGGUGCAAUUGAAGAAGGUAUAAAACGGUGGAGCUAUGCUUCCGGUUUAGCUUCCUUGUCUCUCACGGCUGCUCCUAGGGUUCAAGGCCUUAUGGUCAAGAUUUCAGCUGUCUUAAUUGGAGAGUUAGCACGAGACAACACACAAGUUCCGGGACAAGUGAAGUUCAGGCUCCUUGCAAACUGGCUACCUCUAUUUAGCCACGCUAGAAACGGGCUAGCGUUUCCCGUGUUAACAGGCUACGAGAGAGUUGAGGUGGAACGAGCCAUAGACAAAGCUAUCUCGACAUUGCCUGCAUUGGAUCAAGAGAUAUUGCUCACAAAUUGGCUCCAAGAUUUCUCAGUGUCGGCCUCCGAGUGGCCCGAUCUCACCCCAGCAUAUGACCGAUGGUGCCACUCCAUUCGCCAGAUUGCCAUGUAGACGACGAAUACUAUAGUCAUUAUGGUCAUGUUACUAAGAGAACAACAAAAUAUGGAUGCGUCUAUCAUAUUAGCUUUUCUGUGCAAACAUUUAUCUUUAGGUAAUAAGACUAGUUUCGACCUAGUUAAAGAUUCAGACAUGAACCAUUUUGUUGUAUCUCUCGAUCUAGUUGUUCAAGUAAUUCAAAAUCUCA